AUGGCAAGCAACAACGUCUUUCAACUCGAAUGUUCUCUUUCCUCUCAAUCCAAUCCCAAUCAAGUAAGAACAUAUCGAGGACAAGUAAAUCUCAACGACGAACAUUUACAGCUUCAAGGACUCAACAACAAUCAGUUCAUCAUCGCCAAAUUGGACUCUCGCGACGGAAGUCAACUCACUUUCAAAUACGCUCAAGGAAGCGGUCAGGUAGUGAUCGAUACUACCACAAGAUCCAUUCAAAUUAAAGACAGAACGUUGGGAGAAUAUCAAGGUACAUUUGAUAUUACCAAUUAA